AUGGCGGGUGGAAGGGCAGCCAUGGGCGGAAAUGUGGUACUGGAGCUCAAGUACCACAUCCUCAAUGGGCGCCUGGCACAGGCCAAAAAGCUGCUCGCCGCCACCCAGAUGUCCCUGGAGGAUACCCUUGAUGAGGAUGGAAACACGGCGCUCCAUUGGUUGGCGCAAGCUCUUGCGGAGCCAGAGCAAGAGGCGACGCAGCAGGAGAUGUUGGCCUUUUUGCUGCAGAACGGUGCCCCGAAGAACUUGCAGAACUACCUAGGCGAAACACCGCUGAUGUUGGCCGUUCGAUUGGCAAUUCUGGAGCCCGAGAAAGCCAAGACCUUGGUGGAGGAGCUUCUGGUAAAGGGCCGAGUGGAUCCCGGCCGUGCAGAUCUGGUCGGGGAGACGCCUUUGAUGGAGGCAGCUGCUGCCUCCCAUGAAGGCAUCGGGCGGCUCUUGCUGGAGCACCGGGCAGAUCCCAAUGCGGAAAGUUCCAGUGGCCUGACCGCCAUGCAAUUGGCAGAAGAGCAUCAAGCAGACGCGUUCAUCCAGCUGUUGAAAUCCCCUGUGGCUGCCCGGGCCGCACAAGAGGCCAAGCAAGAAGAUGCGCAGGGAAGGAGCAUGGAAGAACGUCAGCGAUUGGCAGAGCUGCGGCGUGAGAAGCAGGUGGGUAGAUAUCUCCGGGGUUAG